ACGAGGCAGCAGAACACUUCCGCUUCCUGUUCUAAGAUCCGCGCUGCAUCGUCUCAUAAUGCCGAAAUCAAAGGAAGUGCUGUCCUCCACAUCUGGAAGUGACUCUGACAGUGAAGUGGAGACCAAGGCCAAGAGAAAGAAGGCGAGUGCACCAGAGAAACCGGCCAAAAAGGCGAAGAGCGGCGAGAGUUCGAAGCCGGGCGGCUCGUCCAAGGGCAGCGGCAACGGAGAGGACAACAUGUUCCAGAUCGGUAAGAUGAGAUACGUCAGCGUCAGAGACUUCAAGGGCAAGUGCCUGAUCGACAUCAGAGAGUACUGGAUGAACCAAGACGGGGAGAUGAAACCUGGAAAGAAAGGCAUCUCCCUGAAUCCUGAACAGUGGAACCAGCUGAAAGACCAGAUCUCAGAAAUCGACGACGCCGUCAAAAGACUAUAAGCAUUCCUUUAACUGUUGACCGUUUGAACUAAUUGAACACGUUUGUUAAUUAGUUUUGUAAAGAAACGGGGGCCGGGCGGGGGCUGGGAUUGUUUUCUGGUGGAUUUGUUUGAUUUGUAGUUCGUAGUACUCCGGGCUUGUGUGCCAACCUUGUUUUGAGCUGUUUUAGUAAACGUGGGUGGGCGAGUAGGCGGCUCCUCAUUACUCUGUGGGAACAGUGCACCAUUACACUGAUGUUUUUGUAUUGAAGAAUAAAACAACGUGCACUAGCUUAAUGUUUUUCAUGUAUAAACUCUUGUCUUCAUUUUGACGAUCGUGCCGCUGUGAUUGACAGGACUCUGCUUCAGCCGCCCCUGAUGUGUUGUCACUAUCACUACUUUUGUUCUGCGGGUUUCCUCCAGUCAUGAUGAACCAUAAACAAUAAAAAAGUCUUGAAUAA